CUAGAGCCCAGCAGUGUGUCUGUGAGGAUUGACGUGUCUAUAAAACAGCCAUUGGAUUUUAAGAGAGAAGAUACAAAGACUGUUCUCAGUCCUCAACAUGCUUAGAGCAAAUCUGUUGAAGAAGUUUGAGCAUCUGUGUGAGGGAACAGCGACGCAGGGAAAGCCAACACUCCUGAAUGAGAUCUACACAGAGCUCUACAUCACAGAGAGUGAGAGAGGAGAGAUCAGUAAUGAGCAUGAGGUGAGACAGAUUGAGACACAAUCCAGGAGAGCAGCAACAGAAGACACAGCCAUCAAAUGCAGUGACAUCUUCAGAUCUUUACCUGGACAAGACAAGGACGUCAGAACUGUGCUGACAAAGGGAGUUGCUGGCAUUGGAAAAACAGUCUCUGUGCAGAAUUUCAUUCUAGACUGGGCCAAAGGGAAAGAGAAUCAGGACAUCCACAUCAUAUUUCCACUUCCUUUCAGAGACAUCAACUUGAUGAAGGACAAAACACUCUCAGAUCACUUUCAGAUCUUCUUCACGUCUUCUUCCCUGAAACUAAAGAAAUGGAAAUAUCCAGGAGUCGCUGGCAUUGGAAAAACAGUCUCUGUGCAGAAGUUCAUCCUGGACUGGGCCGAAGAGAAAGAGAAUCAGGAUGUCCAGCUCAUAUUUCCACUUCCUUUCAAAGAAAUCAACUUUAUGAAGAGCAGAACACUCAGUCUUUCAGAUCUUCUUCACAUCUUUUUCCCUGAAAUAAAAGAAAUGAAAAUAUCCAGUGAUGAAUACAAAGUGUUGUUCAUCUUUGAUGGUCUGGACGAGUGUCGUCUGUCUCUGGACUUUAAGAGUAAAGUGAAACUGUGUAAUAUAUCUGAGUCAGCCUCAGUGGAUGUGCUGCUGAUGAACCUGAUUGUGGGGAAUCUGCUUCCCUCUGCUCUCAUCUGGAUCACCUCCAGACCAGCAGCAGCUGAUCUUGUCCCCUCUGAGUGCGUUCAUCGAGUGACAGAGAUACGAGGCUUCAAUGAGCCACAGAAGGAGGAAUACUUCAGGAAGAGGAUCAGUGAUCAGAGACUGUGCACUCAAAUCUUUAGAGAGGAGCUGGGUUUGUUUAGGGGGAAGGUCUUCUGCUUCGUUCAUCUGUCCCUUCAGGAACAUCUAGCAGCUCUAUAUGUGUACCUCUCAUUUACAAUCAAGAAUAGAAAUGUGUUUGACCAAACCAAACAGAGUCUGUUGUCUAAGAUGUUUCACCAGAAGAAAUCUAAUUCACUAUCUGAGCUGCAUCAGAUAGCUGUAAACGAGGCUCUACAAAAGUCAGUGUUGGAGAUCAAACUGUUCAGAUUCAUCAUGAAUGAAACAGAAACAUCUGGAGAUGAAGAGUAUUCUCCAACCUGCAGUUCAGUUCAUCAGAAGAGAUCAGAAGUAGAGUCCAGCUGUUUGUCUAUGAAGAGUGACAGGUCUAUGGAUCCGCCAGUGAACUUUAAGAGUUCAGUUCAUCAGAACAGUUCAGAAGCAGAGUCCAGCUGUGUGUCUAUGAAGAGAGAGACAUCUGUGAUUCAGUCUUUAGAUAUUAAGAGAGGAGAUACGCGGCCUGUUCUCAGUCAUGAAGUCCUCAACACAUUUAGAUCAAAUCUGCUGAAGAAGUUUGAGUGUCUGUGUGAGGGAACAGCGACACAGAGAAACCCAACACUGCUGAAUGAGAUCUACACAGAGCUCUACAUCACAGAGAGUGAGAGAGGAGAGAUCAAUAAUGAGCAUGAGGUGAGACAGAUUGAGACACAAUCCAGGAGAGAAGCAAGAGAGGACACAGCUAUCAAAUGCAGUGAUAUCUUCAGACCUUUACCUGGACAAGACAAAGACAUCAGAACUGUGCUGACAAAGGGAGUUGCUGGCAUUGGAAAAACAGUCUCUCCAUGA